AUGGCAGGUGGAUCUGAGCGCGGCAGUGUCGACCAUUCUCAGCACACUCUGUUCCCAGUGUGCGUGGUCUUGCUGCUGCCUUCUGCGAGUUCCGUGUGGGCUGCUUGGCAGGGGGUUGGUGUUCCGCACCUCUUUGGACUGGAGAGGCGAAGGAGGAGUUUUUGGGCGGAGCUUCCCAUCAGAGGAAGCAGCUCUGGGCAUCGUGCGAGCGCCCCCCUGGCAUUUCUGGCACGCAGGCAGCGUUCCGAAGUUCGUCUCGAGAUCUCCAGGGCGCAGCAUCCGCACAUCUUGGGUGAUGUUCAGUUUGGCUUGACAUUGACGCUAGCACACUAG